GUGUUGGGGUGAUUUUGUGAGGCAGGCGGAAGAGAAGAUACCGGCAUUCUGCUGAACGAAGGGGAAGAAGAGGAACAAAUCAAAUUUAGAAAAAAGGAAAGGAAUUUUAGAGAAGUUUCAACAGAUUAAGCAGCCAAGUCUUGGAAGAUGCAGUUGAUUGUGUGCGAGCCCUCAGCCAUGUCCACAGCAGGCGUGAUAGAUCCCGCAGGAGACGUGAGCGUCCUGCAGCCAUGUCCUCCUGACUACAGUGUCCCUUCCAUGGAGGAUCCUGAUACAAAUUUCACAGCAAAUGAAUCAUCAGAGGAUGAGACUCCCUGUGAGCGAGAGGAAGAGCACAAUGGUGUCAACACACACACCGAGCCUGCUCCCGUCUCAGCAGCCCCAGGCUCAGCUCUGUGGACGUCGCAGAGGGACGGUGAGGUGAAGCUGAGGAUGGGUGAUUCAGGGCCGGCGGCUGAAGCUCCUCUCACCGUGAACCAGCUGUUCACACGUACCGUGGAGCGAUUCGGCGACCGGCUGGCGCUCAGCUGGAAAGAAGGAGAGGAAUGGAGGAAAAUAAGCUACAAAGAUUAUUACAAAGACUGUCGGACCGCUGCCAAGAGCUUCCUCAAGCUCGGCCUGCAGCGUUACCAUGGAGUCGGCAUCCUGGGCUUCAACUCUCCUGAGUGGUUCAUCUCUGACGUUGGAGCGAUUUUGGCUGGAGGUUUUGCUGUGGGCGUCUACACCACCAACUCCCCGGAUGCGUGUCAGUACGUCGCUGAGAACUGCCAGGCCAACAUCCUCGUGGUGGAGAACCACAAACAGCUCCAGAAGAUCCUGCAGAUCCAAGACAAGCUGCCUCACCUGAAAGCCAUUAUCCAGUACAAAGACCCUCUGAAAGAGAAGAAACCAAACCUUUACUCGUGGGAGGAGUUUAUGGAACUGGGCCGCAAUGAGCCCGAUGCUUCGCUUGAUGACAUCAUCGCGUCCCAGAAACCCAAUCAGUGCUGCACGUUGAUCUACACUUCAGGAACCACUGGGCAGCCAAAGGGAGUCAUGCUGAGCCAUGAUAAUUUGACGUGGACGGCGUUUUCGACGGCUCAUACGGUCCACUUGUCGGAAUCGACCCAGGAGGUGGUGGUGAGCUACCUGCCCCUCAGCCACAUCGCUGCCCAGAUGGUCGACAUCUGGAUCACUAUGAAGGUCGGAGGAGCCGUGUACUUCGCCCAGCCUGACGCUCUCAAGGGCUCGUUGGUGAACACCCUGCGCGAGGUGCGUCCCACGGCGUUCCUGGGAGUUCCCAGGGUCUGGGAGAAGAUGCAGGAGAAGAUGAAGGCAGUAGGAGCCAAAUCGUCCACUGUGAGACGGAAAGUGGCGUCCUGGGCCAAAAACGUGGGCCUGCAAACCAACCUGAGAAAGCUGGAGCAAAACGAUGCAAUGACCCACAUGCCUCUGAACUAUCGACUGGCCAAGCGUUUAGUGUUCAGGAAAGUGAGAAAAGCGCUGGGGUUGGAUCGCUGCGUUCGCUGCUACACAGGUGCCGCGCCCAUCACCAAGGACACGCUGGAGUUCUUCUUCAGCCUGGACAUCCCGCUGUAUGAGCUGUACGGCAUGAGUGAGAGCACCGGACCACACAGCUUGUCCCUGCCUGAGGCCUCCAGACUCACCAGCUGCGGGAAGGUAAUUGCAGGUUGCCAGACGAAGAUCUUUAACCCCGACUCGGAUGAAAACGGCGAGAUCUGCUUUUGGGGCCGUCAUGUCUUCAUGGGCUACCUGAACAUGGCCGACAAGACCGAGGAGGCACUGGACGCAGACGGCUGGCUGCACUCCGGAGACCUGGGCAAACACGACAAGGACAACUUUCUCUACAUUACAGGACGCAUCAAAGAACUGAUCAUCACUGCCGGAGGAGAGAACAUUCCCCCGGUGCCCAUCGAGGAUGCGGUGAAGGAGGCCAUACCCAUCAUCAGCAAUGCCAUGCUGAUUGGAGACAAGCGCAAGUUCCUCUCCAUGCUGCUCACCAUCAAGUGCCAGGUAAACAGUGAGACAGGUACCCCGGAGGAUGAACUCACCCCUGAGGUUGUGGAAUGGUGUAGGAAGUUGGGCAGCUCAUCCACACGGGUGUCGGAGAUCUGUGGGGGACACGACCGCCUCGUCCACGCCGCCGUCCAGGACGGCAUUAACAGAGUGAACGAGAACGCCACGUCCAACGCCCAGCGCAUCCAGAAGUUCACUAUCCUCGAGCAGGACUUCUCCAUCCCUGGAGGAGAGCUUGGCCCCACUAUGAAGCUGAAGAGACCGGUGGUGCUGAAGAUGUACAAAGAGCAAAUCGAGAACUUCUACAAAGAUGCUGUGACCCCGAGCAACCCUGAGAACCCGCUGCCUCCUAAAUGAGAUCCAUACCAAAGAGCAAAAACACACGCGCCUUCUGUCUGUAUCCAUGUCGCUUCUCGUGUAAAUGACUGUGUGUGUGACGGAGUGUAACGUUCCCCAUGUGAUGUUUUCCAGCUAAUUCUCUCCUGCAUUUGUGAUUUAGUUUAUUUUCUCCAUUAUGCUUGCUUUUUUUGUUUGUUUGUUUUUUGCAAGCAUGAUGCUAAAGAAACACGAGCGAGCUCCGUAAUGGGCCGCUGCCAAGCAACUUUGAGGUUCUUCACGAGUGUAGUAUCGGUUAUUUAUUUAUUUCCGAGGUGUGAUGAAGUUCGUAGGAGAGCCAUAGACUUGGUGCCAGUUCAUCAGGAAUGUUCAGGAAUCUGAGCUGCUCAUGUUUACACUGUGUAUCUAUUUAUAAACUGCUUAUUUAUGGUUUGUACGUAUGCCAAAGCAUGAAUAUUGAAGGAAAACAAAACUUGUGUAGCUGGAGUGUUUUUCAGUCUCGUCCUGCUCUUGUUGCUCUGGAGUAUGGAAGAAUCGAGCAUUCUAGAUUUAAAGAUGGUGUUGCACCAAUUCUGUAUUCAGGUCUGUCUCUGGAUGAAAAGAUGGACUAUCCUCUUUCUCUGAGAACGUUCCACAGGGACACUUGGAAAUCCUGGCAGUGUGUUGAAUGUAGAGACUCAAUUCCAAAUGUGCACAUUCAGGAGAAAAUGUACCCGAAAUGCUGAGGUUUUCCAGGCAUUCUCUUGUUUAGUCCAACACCCGAAAGGGUUCAUUAGUUUGCGCUUCUAGAAGAACCUGUGGCAUUUCUAUAAAACCUUAGGAAGGUCCCAAAUAGAACCCAGUUACGAAGCUGGAACCAUUCACCUUUUGGUGGUGGGGGAAUCCACACCUUUCUGAAAGGGAAAACCUUUGGUGAUGGGUUCUACUUGGAAACACUUCAAGUAAAACUCAAUUACAAAGCCGUAACCACUGACCAUUAAAAAAAAAAAACCAGGAAAUUUUCUGAAAGGCUCCAAGUAGGAUUGAGAAAUGAAGCUGGAACCAUUGAGGAACCAUGACUCUGAGAGGGAAAACCUGUAGUGUAGAGUUCUAUAGGAGUAGUGUGGGUUCUACUUGGAAAUCAUUUGAAACUUUCAGAAAUGUUAGAAAUAGAAUCCAUUUAGAACAGAACCAUUAACUUUCCAAAGAACCCUUAAAGAACUCAUUUCCUCCUUUUUAAAGGACAAUGUCUUCUAGCCAUAUAAUAAUUUAUUAUUAUUAUUUUUUUUUUUAAAGAAGUGAUCUUUAGAUGUGUUCUGGAGGAAAAAAAAAAAAUCUGGAAAAAUGGGAUUCCCCCGGGGAAUUAAAGGGGUGUUUUUUGAUGGAACCCUAAAAAGUUCUCAUUUCAAACCCAAACAAUAUAAAAUUUAUCAUUGUUUGAAUCUUUAUGAUUAGGCUAACGAAGCAUGACUUUCCCCCGAUUUCUUCCUGUUUUGAGGUUGGUGUGUGUGUAGCAUUGACAGCAGGUGUAGAGAAUGAAAGCAGUCCGGUUUUCCGACACACUGAAUUGAUGCCAGUGCGAACAGCAGGGGUUUUCAGGUCGGUUGAUGUUUUUGCACUAUUUAUUGCUCGCUCCUCUUGGGUGUUAGUUUGGUUUCUUGGAUUUUGCACCAGCAGCAGAUUUUAAAGCCACAAAAUCACAUCACUAAAGCCAUGAAUGUUUUUUUUCCUUUUUUUCUUUUCUUUCAGCCAUGUUUUAUGUUGAAACAUUUAUAUGCAGGGUCUUUUCUUUUUAUUAUUAUUAUUUUGCCUAGCAGAUUGCUGUGAACUUGUUAAAUAUUGUAAAUACCUUCAUGCUUGAUUUGUUCUGCGUGUACGUGUUUAUCACAUCAGCAACCAACCAGCUCCUGUUGUCUCGCGUCAUUUAAUAUCAGCUUCAAGAAACGAAACUUGGCAUGAAUGAAGUCAACAUUAAGAACCUGCUUUUGAUAAUUUGGCAUGUGAUAUACAGCAGUGUGGGGAAACAAAUGUGUACAGUGCUAAAAUAUAAAAAUUUGACAAUAAACCUUUUCUUUGCUGUU